AUGGCAUCAGAGAGGAUCAACUGCCCGAGGAGGUGUAGCUGUCAGUACCUGGAAGUGAACUGCACAGGGCAGCAAUUGCAGGAGUUCCCUGCGGCCAUCCCGCUGGACACCAGGCAGCUGAUUCUGGUGGCAAAUAGCAUCUCGUACUUGCCGGCAAUGGAAUUGAGCUUCUUGGCUGAUUUGGUCUACCUGGACUGCAGAAAGAAUCUCUUGGGGGAUGACCUGGAUUUCACUUUCAUUGGUGUGGCCAAGCUUGUUUAUCUGGACCUCAGCUUCAACAACCUCACACAGGUCACCUUUAGCACGUUCUCACACCUUCUCAGCCUGGUGGUGCUGAAGAUCUCAGACAAUCCCAAUCUUGUGGCCAUCGAGAAGGAUGCUUUUGCCAACAAUACGUGGCUGAGGCACCUGGAUGUGAGCCGGACAGGCUUAAUGUUCCUGGACACCAGCACUGUCCAGGACCUGCCCAACCUGAGGUUUCUGGGGCUCGGUGGCAACCUGUGGCACUGCAACUGUUCCUUUUUGGACUUCAUCACCUGGAUGACAGAGAGCAACGUUCAUUUUCCAGAUGCUGACAACGUCACCUGCUACACCCCAGAAGGCCUGCGUGCCCUGAAAAUGCCUGCGGCGGAGGCACAGCUCCGCUCCGCCUGCCUGACCCAGCUCUACAAGCGAGACUACAUCUUCCUCUCUCUCGUUGGUGUCUGCAUAUUCUUUGCCGGCACCGUGGCAGCCUGGCUGGCUGGCGUCUGUGCCGUCAUCUACAGAGUCCACGCUUCAAAGGGAGAGGAGGAAGAGGAGGAGGAGGAGGAAGACAUGGUCGCUUAG